CGGUCCCUUUAAUAUGAUAAUUCCGUGCGCUUAUCACUUUAAUCCGUGUAACAUCCAAACUUCGAGGAUAAAUAUCAAAGGAUCAACUUAUGAUUCUUGUUUAAAACUUGAUUGUACCGUAAGAUCGAGUCCACGUGAAAACUCUUGCGUAUCGAUCCCUGACUGGGGGUCUCCCUCAGCUUCGAUCCGAAGCAAUAAGCGUCUCCCUCUCCAGGCACAACAAACGAAACCGUGCAUCAUAUUCUUCGACGAAGUCGACGGUCUCGCGCCCGUGAGGUCCAGCCGGCAGGAUUUUGUUCACGCCAGCGUGGUCUCCACCCUCUUGGUUCUGAUGGACGGUCUGGACAGUAAUUCCGAGAUCAUAGUGAUAGGAGCGACCAACAGAAUCGACGCGAUAGAUCCCGCGCUGAGGAGACCCGGCAGAUUCGACAAGGAAUUGUAUUUCCCGUUGCCUUGCUACAGCGCUAGAAAAGAGAUCCUUUCGGUGCACAUCAAAAGCUGGAAGCAGAAACCGGCGCAGAAGUUCCUGGCGUAUCUGGCAUCGAAAACGUUAGGAUUCUGCGGCAGCGAUCUGCAGGCCCUUUGCGCUGAGGCAGUCAUGUGUUCCGUUCGCAGAAAUUAUCCGCAGAUCUAUAAUUCCAAGUCCAAGUAUCACAUCAACGAGCGCCACCUCAAAGUGGAAAAGGAAGAUUUCCUGAAGGCGCGCCAGAACAUCGUUCCGGCGUCGCAUCGCGUCAUCGUCGCCCCGAUCAAGAGUCUAUCCCUCAAGAUCCAGCCUCUGUUGCAGGAGGACCUAGUGGCAGUCCUGUCGCGCUUGCAGACACUUUGUCCGGCCGGCAUGCUGACCUCCGACAACAUUACAGGCAAGGCCACGUCCAAGUCGAGCGGUUGCCCGCGAAUUUUGCUGUGCGGCGACGACAAUUCUCACACUCGUCAUCUGGGACCGGCGUUGCUGCACACCCUGGAACACCUGCCGUGCCACAUCCUGGACGUCACGACGCUGUUCGAGGAGACGGGCAAGGCGGCCGAGGAGAUCAUAAUACAAAAGAUUAAAACCGCGCGUCGCACCCUGCCGGCGUUGCUGUACAUGCCCGGGGUCUUGACCUGGUGGGACCUGGUGGAUGAGACGGCGAGAGUGGUUUUUACCUCCUUAAUGCGCAGUCUCGAUCGAUCGGUGCACAUGCUCGUGCUAAUGACCGCCCACCGUCGACACGUUAAUCUGCCAUCGGAGAUUGCAGAAUUGUACGAUGAUAAUCGCGGCGAGGUGUACGAAGUGAGAUCGCCCUCGCCGCAAAAGCGACGUUCUUUUUUCAAGCAACUGUUCAACGGCAGCUCCGACGGUCUGUCCGAUCGUUCCUCGCAAGCGGACCUGGCGUCAAUCGUGUGCCCGAAGAGACUCAAGGGCGAAAACAGGAAGCUGAGGAGUCACGUACACCCUGUCGACUCCAGCGGAUUACUAGGUACAUUUGAGAGUACGAGUUUUACGUGCAAUAUUUGUCCCGUUGUUAAUGUGCAUCGUAAUGGUCUCGAAGAGAUUAGCGCGGCACGCACGGCCAGAAAGAUUAAAACGCAAUCGAAAGCGCGAAAUAAGCUCGGAGCUGUACGGUCCUCGCACUCGACGUCUUCCAGAUCGAGAACGACCGUCAAGAGAGAGUACAACGCGUCCGGCGAGGGGCCGCCGUUCAAACGGCAGAGAUGGACAUCCGGCGCGUCUUCGGCACCGUCCAGCACCGAGAAACUCUACGGCUCGCAAAUUGAGGAUUUGGUCGAAACGAUAGUCAAGUCGACCAACGAGUGGCCGAGUCAUCUGCUGGAGAGCCUGUUCUCCGCCCUCGAGCUGACAAUGGAGAACAACGGGGAUCUGUGCGCGACGGUGAACGAGCACGUCGUGCGUUACGAGGAAUUGAAGCGGGUCAAAAUGCGAGCGAAACAGGAAGAGGACUGAUUGAAAUUCGAUGAAACGUCCCCUCGUGUGUGAAUCGUCCGUAUAACGUCCGAAUCUGUGAAAUGUAAUACAACGGAAUGCAAUAACCGACACGCUGAGAAAUUCGUGGAAUAAAAUGUGAUGUAAUAAAUAC